CCGGCUCCUGCACCAGUCUCCAUCUCCCAGCAGAAGGCGCAGCCAUGAAUCCGUUAUUCGGCCCUAACCUCUUCCUCCUACAGCAGGAGCAGCAGGGCCUGCCCGGGCCGCUGGGAGACCCUCUAGGAGGCGACCACUUCUCUGGGGGAGGGGACUUGGCCCCGGCGCCGCUCGCCCCGGCGGGCCCCGCUGCCUUCUCGCCGCCCGGGCCGGGAACGGCGCCCCCCGCCGCCAUGGCACUCCGCAACGACCUGGGCUCCAACAUCAAUGUGCUCAAGACCCUGAACCUCCGGUUCCGCUGCUUCCUGGCCAAGGUGCACGAGCUGGAGCGGCGGAACCGGCUGCUGGAGAAGCAGCUGCAGCAGGCGCUGGAGGAGGGUAAGCAGGGCCGGUGGGGCCUUGGGCGCCGCGACCAGGCCGUGCAGACCGGCUUUGUCAGCCCCGUCCGGCCCCUGGGGCUGCCCCUGGGCGCCCGGCCGGCUGCCGUCUGCACCCCGUCGGCGCGGGCGCUGGGCUCACCUGCGCGCUCGCCAGCCGGCCCCCUCACGCCGUCUGCGGCCGGCCACACGUCGUCCUCCACCGCCCUCGCCACCGCAACCUCCGCCUACUCCUCGUCCGCUCGCUUCAUGCCGGGCACCAUCUGGUCCUUCUCUCACGCCCGCCGCCUCGGGCCGGGACUGGAGCCCACCCUGGUGCAAGGGCCUGGCCUAUCGUGGGUGCACCCCGACGGGGUGGGCGUCCAGAUCGACACCAUCACCCCGGAGAUCCGCGCCCUGUACAACGUGCUGGCCAAAGUGAAGCGGGAGCGGGACGAGUACAAGCGGAGGUGGGAAGAGGAAUACACAGUUCGCAUACAGCUGCAAGAGCGAGUGAACGAGCUCCAGGAGGAAGCCCAAGAGGCAGAUGCCUGCCAGGAGGAGCUGGCGAUGAAGGUGGAGCAGCUGAAAGCCGAGCUAGUGGUCUUCAAGGGGCUCAUGAGCAACAACCUGUCAGAGCUGGACACAAAGAUCCAGGAGAAGGCCAUGAAGGUGGACAUGGACAUCUGCCGCCGCAUUGAUAUCACAGCCAAACUGUGCGACGUGGCUCAGCAGCGCAACUGCGAGGAUAUGAUCAAAAUGUUCCAGAAGAAGCUGUCUCUGCACUUGUCUCCCAUUAAGGUCCCAUCCAUGGGGGGGCGGAAGCGGGAGCGCAAGGCUGCCAGCGAGGAGGACCCCUCCCUGUCGGAGAGUGACGGGCCCCGCCAGCCCGAUGGGGAUGAGGAGGAGAGCACAGCCCUCAGCAUCAACGAGGAGAUGCAGCGCAUGCUCAACCAGCUGAGGGAGUAUGAUUUUGAGGACGACUGUGACAGCCUGACUUGGGAGGAGACUGAGGAGACCCUGCUGCUAUGGGAGGAUUUCUCAGGCUAUGCCAUGGCAGCAGCAGAGGCCCAGGGAGAGCAACAGGAAGACAGUUUGGAGAAGGUGAUUAAAGAUACCGAGUCCCUGUUCAAAACCCGGGAGAAGGAAUAUCAGGAAACCAUUGACCAGAUAGAGCUGGAGCUGGCGACAGCCAAAAACGACAUGAACCGGCACCUGCAUGAGUACAUGGAGAUGUGCAGCAUGAAGCGGGGCCUGGACGUGCAGAUGGAGACUUGCCGCCGGCUCAUCACCCAGUCUGGAGACCGAAAGUCUCCUGCUUUCACUGCGGUCCCGCUUAGCGACCCGCCGCCACCGCCAAGCGAGGCUGAGGACUCCGAUCGCGAUGUCUCAUCUGAUAGCUCCAUGAGAUAGGGACCUGCCUCCACCUUGGCUCCCCUUGUGGCCCCACCCUGCUGGGGACUCAUCGCUGCAGAUGGUGGUGGGAGGAGGCUCACAGAGGGGAACGGCACUUGUCCCACCACACCAAGCCUGGCCCCAGGGCCUGGGCGCCCCUUUCUUGGCUUCCCCCUUGGCAUCUACAGGGUUGUGGGGUCUGGAGCUAGGCUUGGCCCUGCCCUUCCCGGGUGACUCCCACCACAGUCCGGACUCUCCUCCCUCCAUGCGUGGGUGUCUGCUGCUUUCCCACCUUAGAAUGCUGCCAGACUGCAAUGUGGCCCCUGACCUGUGUAUAAGGAAUGUGUUGGCUCUUCCCUCCAUCCUGUGGCCUCGUGCCAGCUCAUUGUCUUUGAUUCCAUACUGGUGCUAACUGGCCUGGGCGCUGGUAUGAAGUGGAUUAAGCUGGACGUUCAGUGAACAACACCUGCAGUUUGGUGGGGUUCCCUCCCUGUUGUAGACGGAAGGAAGCAGGGCUCAGCAGGGUGCCGUCCCAAUGCUCACGGCUGCCCACGUGAUGGAUGUGGCUCCCUUCGUCUGGGAGGUGCUACGCAUUAAAGGGGCCAUAGUGCCCUGGCGUAGGUGGCUUCUGGAUCUGACUGAUGCAGUAUCCUGGAGGGAGAUCCAAGCUUUUGCUCGGCUCCCAGUCAGUGCUGAGUGAUAGAGAAAAAGGUGAAGCUACUUGUGUGUGUUCACAUAGGCACUGUGCAUGCGUGGGUAUGUGCGUGUGCUCAGGGACUCAGGGUCUUCAUCAGCUGAAGAUAUGCCUCCUCCGUGUCUGUUACACGUGAGACCAACAGGCUGAGUAAGAGGACAUCCCUGACUUGCAAAAGCUUGGAGAAACUGGGGAGAUGUGAUUGAGAAUGGUAACUCAGUGUAACUGCCUAGGGAGGCUGUACUGACAUUUGAAUGGAAUCUUUAAUAAUAAUGAAACUGGCAAUUAUUGAGCACGUUUGUGUCACUGUUUCAAGUGCUUUCUGGUAUUAGCUACACAAUCCUCCUGACUCUGUGCAGUAUGUGCACUGUCCUCUUCAUCAUCUCCAUUUUAUAAAUGUGCAUGGGCACAGUGAGGCACAGGGGCGUUCUAAGUAACUUGCCCAAAAUAAAAGUGGCAGAGCCAAGAUUUGAACCCAGGUCACCUCCAAGCCUGUACUCUUCCCCAAUUAAGCCCCUGUGCCUCACCCAAGGACAGUAAUAGGCACAUUGUGGGCCUGUUCUGUCCUGACAUUCACCAUGUCUCAGUUCAUCCUCCCCCACACUACAGGAAGUAGGCAUUAGCUUGUUAGUACUUCCUGUGUAUUAGGCCUGGUUCUAGGUGCUUUAUAUGUUUUACCCACUUUAAUCCUUCUAAAGACCUUAGGUGUUGGGUACUGUCAUAGCCUCACUUUGUAGGUGAAGUAACUAGGGCACAGAAAGGUAAACAACUCACUGGCAGAGCUGAAGUAGUUUGAACUCUAGCAGUCGAGCUACUCUUCACUUCAGAGGUCACAUAACCUGCUAAAAAGUAACAUGGACUUGGGUGCCAGAUUCCGAAGCAUACAUUUUCAGUGCCGUUACCUUCCAGGGGUCUGCUAGACAGAAAAGGGGCAAACAGCCUUCACAGGAGAGGUCAGGUGAUAGGACCAUGGGAGCUUAGCCAACAGCUAGUAACCUGGGGCUGGAGCUCUUAGAGACAACAGUCUUGACCUCUUAACAACUGGUUGUGUUGGCUUCCUGCUCUAGAGUAAACCCAAACAGCUUCCACCUGAGGAGAGGUGCCAAGGGUGGGCAUAGCUGAGCUGUAAACCUUAGUUUGUGCUUGGUUGUGGCACGCUAACUCCCUUGUUGGUACCUUUACCCGUUACGGUGGAGUCAACUCAUAGUGACCCUAUAGCACAGAAUUGUCCCAUAGGAUUUCCAAGGAGAUGCUGACCAUUUGGUUAGCAGCCAAGCUCUUAACCACUGUGCCACCAGGGCUCCUUGGUACCCUUAGCAAGAUAUAUUUCACCUUAGCAUUAGUCCAGCUUCCCUUCUCUCUAUCCCAGACCCUUGGAAAAGAUGAAAUCAACAAAGAGGUGGCUGGGUACAGUAUACUUUAUUGAUGGUACAUGACAAGGUUGGGCUCUCUAAGCCCCUCACCCCUUCUUCAGGGGGUACGGAUGGAAGCUGUGUAGAGGAUGGAAGAUUCUCAGUGUGUUGGAUGGAGUUGGGGCAAGGACUCCCCAGCAGCUGAGAGGGCCUCUCUCUUCCUCUAGUGCUGUUGCUGGGGCUGGUGGUCCAAGGGGAUCUUACUCCUUAGAGGCCAUGUGGACCAUAAGGUCCACCACCC